UCAAGUACCGAUCAACUCUCAGAGUGUAAUUAAUGCAUCCGGGAAACAGCCAAGGAGGGGUUAUCCAUCUAGUAAUCCAUUCACAGCACAGCGUUUCUGGAGAUCCUCGUGUCACUCACCAGGCUCACCCCGCCCAACCGGGGUGACGUCAUCGUCCCCGAGUGGAGCACAGGCUCACAGGGAGCCGGACUAUCAAAAACAGGCACGAUCUGCGGCAUUUGCUGUACCAAGGAGCACCCGAGACCUUCUCUGCAUGCAUGGAAACUAUCAUCUCGGCAGCUUGAGAUUUGUUUUUCAGCUUUUCUAGGGGGGGUUAAUGUUUUCUCUUUGAUGUUUAUAAGAAAUGAAGUUGAUUUAAAUACUGGUACAGGUACACAAAGAAAAGAACCAUAUAUGUUUUACUCGUUGUGUUCCUCUCACCAGUGGAGUUAUCAUUUUGAAUGUGUUUAAGCAGAAUCUGAUAAUGCUUCCAAGUCCAGUUACUUCCACACCAUUCUCUGUCAAAGAUAUUCUGAAUCUGGAGCAGCAAACUCAACAGCACCAAGCCCUGCACCACCAGCACCCUCGCGCGCACUUGCACCAGGAUUUACAGCAACCGCAGCAGCAACACUUCCACACGCCUCCUUCUUGCAUGCUCGCCGCUGGGGAGAGCCCUGGCUUCUCGGACGGGGAGGAGAAAAUGGCUUAUCUUAACUCGCUCUCUGUCUCGCACAGUCACGGGGAUGUCAGCCUCUCUCCCGACCUCUAUGUCCACACAGCGCUUGAGAAUUCCAACGACACCAAACUAGAGGUGGAUCCACUAGAGGACCGAGAAACCAAAAGUUGUCCUGUUAAGAAAUCGAAAGAUUGUGAUGACAGCCGGCAGGACGAAUCGGAAAGACCCAAGCAGAGAACCAGGCGGAAACCCAGAGUUCUCUUCUCACAGGCCCAGGUGUUUGAGCUGGAGAGGCGGUUCAAGCAGCAGAGAUACCUGUCGGCGCCGGAGAGGGAACAUCUAGCCAGCACGCUGAAACUCACUUCCACUCAGGUCAAGAUCUGGUUUCAGAACCGGCGGUACAAAUGCAAAAGGCAGCGGCAGGACAAGUCGCUGGAGAUGGUUGGCCACCACCACCCUCCGCCGCCCAGACGAGUUGCAGUGCCGGUGUUGGUUCGGGAUGGCAAGCCUUGCUUGGGGGGCUCUCAGAACUACAAUGCUCCCUAUACUGUGGGGGCAAACCCUUACAGCUAUAACAGUUACCCGACUUACAGUACCUACAGCAGCCCCGCGUACAAUUCCAAUUACAGCUGCACUUACUCCAGUAUACCCCCCAUUCCACCCAGCACAGCUACCAACGCUUUCAUGAACAUGAGCCUCAGCAAUGCCGCUCAGCCCCAGACGCAUCAGGGGGCCACAGUCUCGCCCUGCCAGGGGACUCUACAAGGGAUCCGAGCCUGGUAGCAGUACAGAAAUAAAUGAAUGAAUAAAUAAAUAAAUAAAUAAAUACAUGGAUGAUUCCUAUAUUAGGUUUUAUUUUUAUUUGUUGUUUUUAAAUACCGCGGAAGUAUAAAGAGGCAUUUUUCCUCCAUCAAUGGUUCACAACAGUGGGGCUUUUUUUUUUUUUUUUUUUUUGGACAAAAAUAUCAGUUAUAUAUUUAUGUUUCAAAUAGCGUUAUUGUAUUAUGGCUCCAAGGGAAGUAUUUAACUCUGUAAUGCACAUUUAUCUGUCACAUAUGUUAAAAUGCUUUGCCAACCCUCAAUAUUAUUAUUAUUUUUUUAAUCCAGACACACAACUAGUAUUUUCCAUAUGUACUGCAUUGUGGGUUGCCGGACAGGAAACCAAAUUGUGUUUUGUACAAUAAACGAAAUCUAGUAGCUUUUCUCAUUUAAAAAAUGAUUGGGAAUUACAGGGUUAAGCUUCCCUUUACAUUAUUUCUAUAAUUCGCUGUACUUUAUGCAAUAGAUAUUGUAUUAUUCUUUGGCCAUCAAUUUAAAAAUAACUAUUACACUACAUUUCUUUUAAUCCUUUAUCGAGGAAGUAAAUAAUAUGUAUGCAUUGAAAACAAAGCAGCGUUUAGUAUUUCUAUUGCGCAAUGGAAACCAAUUCAAAAAUAAAAGUCGGGUUUCCACGCAUAACUUAUGGGCUUUGUGACCUCUGGAAUAAAAGGUCAUUGAGAAGAUUAUCAGGGGACCGAGGUAAUGAUGUCAGGAUUGUUUCACACGAAACGCCGAUACGCGAAUUUGUAGCAUUCAAGAAAAAGAAAGAAAGAACAACAGCUUUCUUUACGGAUUGACAAUUUCUUCUCUGGAACUGAAUGCACCUUUAUUUUACAAGACUCGUACCUCUAAAUGAUUUCACUGUGCUGUUUUAGCCUGUUUAUUGGAGGGGGAAAAACAGUCAAACGUGUGUGUUUGUGUGUGUUUCACUUUUUCUGCAUUUGAUUUUCUACUAUUCCAACCCACGAGAAUUUAGACAUGUUGCCGGUUGUGAAAACAUGUCACAGAUAUCCGCAAAGCAGCUUCCUGUGAUUUUUUUUUAAAAAAAAGAAAACUAUCAGCGGCUGCCACAAAGACUUAAAAAAAUGCCAUUCUUAUCUGUUAUUUUAACUCAUUUGGAAUGGGCUGUACCAGUAAAUAUAAAUGCCAUAAAAUCCGAGAAGCAUUUCCAAUUGUAAAAUGGCUGUUAAGAUUUCUUGUAAUUGUAUACUGUAUAGCAUGUCUGAAAGUAAUGCCUGACGUAUUAAGAUCGAUCUCCUAAUUUGUUGUUCAAAUGCGCUACAUGGAACAUAAUAAAUUGUGGAGGUGCAAUAUUGUGUAGCUGCUAUUAUUAAA